AAACACAGAAACAUUUUGAGAAACCAAAGAAUAGGGAAGAACAAGCAAAAGCCAAAAAAAGAAGACUUGAACUUGAGAGAUGGAGCGCAGACAGUCAUAUGUGCUUGUCGCGCUCGUCGCAUUGCUUCUCUUAACCGAUAUUGUCAUUGCAGAGAGCGAUGGUGGCAAAGGCAAUGGUAAUAACGGCAAGGGGAACGAGGGACAAGUAGACAAGGGUAAAGGAGGAGAUGAUGGCUAUGGCAAAGGCAAAGGUAACGGUAACGGUCCAAAGGACAAGGAGAAGAAAGAUAAGGAAAAGGAGAAGAAUGACAAGAAGGAGAAGGACAAGAAGGAUAAGGAGGAAAAGGCAAAGAAGGAUAAGGAAAGAAAGGACAAGGAGAAGAAGGAAAAAGAGAGGAAAGAGAAGGAGAAGAAGGACAAAGAGCAGAGUGAAGCAGCUGCAAGAUACAGGAUGCUAACACCGAUGCCUACAGGACAAGAGCAGGCUAUGUGCGAGGCUCGGGGUGCAUGUUAUUAUAAGACUCUUGUUUGCCCCGGUGAAUGUCCCACGAGGAAGCCCAAGAAGAACAAGAACACCAAAGGUUGCUUCAUUGACUGCACUAGCAAAUGUGAAGCUACAUGCAAAUGGAGAAAAACGAACUGCAAUGGCUACGGAUCUCUCUGUUACGACCCUAGAUUUGUCGGAGGAGACGGUGUGAUGUUCUAUUUCCACGGAUCCAAAGGCGGAAACUUUGCUAUCGUUUCAGACGACAAACUCCAGAUCAACGCUCACUUCAUAGGUACAAGACCCGUUGGAAGAACCAGAGACUACACAUGGGUUCAAGCCCUAAAUAUCAUGUUCGGAAACCACAAGCUCGUGAUCACAGCCAACAGAGUGUCUCAAUGGGAUGAAACAUCUGACGCCUUUACCAUCAGAUACGAUGGAGAACUCAUCACACUCCCUGAAGACGAACAAUCCGAAUGGAGGGAAAUCUCAGAACAAAAAAGAGAGAUCAUCAUUGAAAGAACCGACGAGAGGAACAGCGUAAGAGUACUAGUCUCUGGUCUUGUUCAGAUGGACAUUAAAGUGAGACCUAUAGGGAAAGAAGAGAACAGAGUUCACAACUACCAGUUGCCACAGGAUGACGCUUUUGCCCAUCUCGAGACUCAGUUCAAAUUCUUAGACCUAAGUGAGUUGGUUGAAGGUGUUUUGGGGAAAACCUACCGUCCUGAUUACGUCAGCUCUGCCAAGACUGGAGUCCCAAUGCCUGUGAUGGGAGGAGAAGACAAAUACCAAACGCCUUCUCUGUCCUCGCCAACUUGCAGACUCUGCAGGUUCAAGCCUCAAGAAGAAUCACUUUCUGCUGAUAUCUAAUGAGACGAAGGAGAAAGAUGGAGACUUCUCUGAUUUUUAAAUAAAUUCGCAUUUGUAACUGUUUUGUUUCUGGAAAUAUAUUAUUUGAUAUUCAUAAAAUGUAAUGCAAUAAGAGCCAAAAAGAUAACAUUUGGCCCGUUUGUGCUGUUUUUGAGGGUUUAAGAAAUGUAAGACGUUUCUUGCGCCAAAGCAAAACCCUUGAUUUCUCAUUAUUUCCUUGUUCCGUUGUAUUUUGUAUGCGUUUAUCUAACAAUUAAAAUAAAAGUGUUUAUGUGUGUA